UCUACAACUAAUCCUUUUGUAUUUUUUAAUCAACCCUUGAUUUGGAAUGUUGUAAAUGCAUUUCGACCUCAAACAACAUCAAACGACAAACUUUUCCAAGAUUCUGAAACUCUUCGACUCCAUUCUCCAUAGCCAGGACGUGGCUCUAACAUUCAUCUCUUAUCUUCGUUUUGUCCGAAACCAUUCUUACUUCUUGUCUUUCAACUUUUCUAUAUGUUCUUCCUGUCCAAUCCUCCAACUCCACAAAGGUUUUUCACUUGUCCAUUUGUCUUACCACUUUCCUUCAUUUAAGUUCUUUUUCCCAUCCAUGUCGAUUGCAAAUUCACUCGGAAAAGGGACAAGGAAAUGUGGCACAAUCCUCCUUGAUGCCAUCACUUUUUUUGUCUUUCUUUUCCUCGACCUUCUUGAUGCUAGUCUUUGUGUGGUAUACAAGUUUCUUGAUGAGUUCUUCCAAGGUAAAGCCUCUCCAUGUUAUUGUGUAAACAAGGGAGAGCAAAAUGGAGAUUGUGGUGAUGGAGAGAGGGGUUUGUCAGAGACUUUGUAUGGGAGGAAAAAUGUAUUCAGGGAAAUGGGGUUUCUUGGCUUUGCAAGAAAAUGGGAAUAUAGAAAAAAAAGAGAUGGUUUUGUUGGUGGAGGAAGGUUGGUGAAUAGGUGGUCUGAUUGUGGAUGUGAGUCUUGUGUUUCUUGGAUGAAGAAUGGUUGUCAGAAGCUUCAUGUUGUUGUGAAAGAGCUGCCACAAGGCAUUCGAAAGGAUUCCGAGGGAAACCCAUCGGAGAAGGUGAUAUUCAUACAUGGCAUUCUCAGUUCUUCCUCGUUUUGGACAAAAACGGUUUUCCCAAAGCUAUCCGAAUCAACGAACAGCAAGUACAGCUUGUUUGCGGUUGAUCUGCUGGGAUUUGGGAAAAGUCCAAAGCCAAGGGACUGUCUAUACACCAUGAAAGACCAUGUGGAAUGGAUUGAGAAAUCUGUAAUCUCUCCAUUUCAAUUCGAUUCUUUCCACGUGGUUGCUCACUCCAUGGGCUGUAUAAUUGCAUUAGCCUUAGCUGCAAAGCACUCCAAAUCUGUCAAAUCCAUUUCCCUUGUAGCCCCUCCUUACUUUCCUUCAAAGGAUGGAGUGGAAUUCACCGUGAUGAAUUGCGUUACAUCCAAAAAACUGUGGCCGCCACAAGCGUUUCUGUCAUCCAUCAUGGCUUGGUAUGAACACUUGGGUCGAUGUGUCUGUUUAUUAAUGUGCCGAAACCAUAGGACCUGGGAGAGACUUAUUAAGCGAUUCACUGGAUUAAGGAAUCUGGAUUUCAUGCUUUUAGACUUGACAAAGCACACCCAUCAUUCAGGCUGGCAUACCAUGCACAAUGUGCUGUUUAGGGGAGUAAAACUCAUGGACAAAAACCUGGAAACCUUGAUGCAAUCAAGAACAAAAGUCCAUGUAAUUCUUGGGAACAGGGACAAAUCUGUUCCACCAGAGUGUGGCAACGACAUUAAGAAGAAAUUCCCUGAUGUGGAGGUUAACAACAUUGCAAAUGCUGGCCACCGCUCUGUGAUCUUCACAAGAGAGAAAGAUUUUGCUCAGAAUUUGGUGCGGAUUUGGGAAAAUGCUGCAUCUGAUCAACAUAAUCAUCCAGUUUGA